AAACAAAACCAAAACAAAACAAUGCGCUGCUGUUGAGUGUUGCUCAAGGGCGCAUUUGAUAACAAUGUGAAAUCGUUUGUGCUCGUUUCGUGCGGUCUCGUCGGACUGUGUAAAAAAAAAAGACAACAAAAGAUUCGAUAAAAUACACGACAUACCUCUGGCCGUUGAUCCGCCGCGCAAGCAAUCCACUCGCGUUACCAUCAAUAAGCAUAAUCACCAUCUCACAACAUCUUCGUCUCGCAAUUUCGGUCUAUCUGUGGCAACCUAACCGUCGACAUAGCCGAGUAGCAGCUAAAAGGCAAGGCACAUAUUGCACAGGGGUCGUAUCCUAGCGGUUGGCCCUACCCCCGACGUGCUUAGCUAAUAUGCCAUAAAUCCAGAGCUUCGAUAAUGCAGGACGUUGGCAGUCUAACAACGAAGAGGUACAUAAGCUGAAGUAAAUCGUCAACGAAGUUGUAAAUAGGCAUUUUCGCUAUCACUUGUUCAUUUUGAUUCUCUCUUAUUGUUUCUCUGCGAGUUUAUUUCCACUGUCGUUACUCGUCAACGACCAACGACACAUUACGAGACACUUUGGUGCGGGCACAAAUUUCAGUGCCAAGUCAUACCACUCCUGCUAGACACCAGCGAAGAACUAUAUACAGCCAAAAUACAAAGAAUAUGCCUUCGGUAUGGGAUCCAAAGACCACUGUCAAUGGCCAAAAAACGAACCUGAUGUACAGCAAGCAUCACCGGGGCGACAACUACGAUCACGCCUUGUCCAAUGGUGCUCUAACUGUAAUCAACCAAUUCAAAGCAAAUUUGGGCAACAAAAUGUUUGCAUUUGUAGUUUAUCAUCAACCCCGUUUACAUCUUGUGAACCAAAUUUUUCAGCGAAUCAAUCAAAAAAAAAAAUCCGUAAAACUGUAUUACCAACCACUACGUGUAAACGUCAGUUGUUUGAAACAAGCAAUGAGCAGCCUGAAAGUUCGGUGACUCUAACAAAUGUUGAAAAGCCAAUAGAAUCAGAAUCUACGGUAAGUGAUCAAGGCUUAAUCAUUAAUCCUGUUCAAUCGCAACAACAGUUACCUGGAAUCAGUCAAAUGUUGAGGGGUAGACACGUUUGCCAAUUAUGCUUCAAAUCAUUCACCAGUCCUUGCAAAUUGACUCAACAUUCUUAUUCCCAUACAGGAGAAAAACCAUUUGUGUGUAAGCAUUGUUCUAAAGCUUUUUCUUCUAAAUUUAAGUUAGUGCGACAUGUGUUGAUACAUUCUGACCAGCGACAAUAUCAUUGUAACAUUUGUGAUAGAACAUUUCACAGGAAAGACCAUUUGAAAAAUCAUGCUAAAGUUCAUAACCCUAUUAAACGAACAUUGCAGUGUGAUCGUCCAGGUUGCUCUAAAGAAUACAGUUCUUUGUUAAGUUUUCGUAAGCACAUAGCAGUACAUUCUGUAGAAGAAGGAUUUCUCGAUUGCAAGAUUUGUAGUAAAGUUUUUGAAUCAAAAGAUGAACUAUUGUACCAUUUGAAAAUUCAUUCUGGUUCUAGAGUGAUCAAAACUCCAGCCGAUAAAAAAUAUCGUUGCAAUUUUUGUGAUCGUUGCUUUUAUACUGGUAAGGAUGUCCGUCGACAUUUAGUGGUACACACUGGUCUAAGAGAUUUCCUGUGUCAGUUUUGUCCUCAACGAUUUGGUCGUAAAGACCACCUUACACGUCAUAUCAAAAAAAGUCAUAAUAUAAAUACAUCAAAAAAAUCUAAACCAAAAAAAUCAAAUGAACAGUACAAAUGCAAAUCUGUUGAAACCGUCUAUCUAGAAACCUAUGGUCAUCCUUUUAAAGUGGAAAGAAAAACGUCUGAAACUAUUACAAGCGGCAGUUUAAUUAAACAAGAAAAUCCAACGCCAGAAAUUCCAUUGUUCGAUUCAUCUAGCAUAACUAGUUUUAAUUAUGGCCAAAGCAGUUCUUCAGUCACACAGCCAAUGGUUUCCCACGAUGAAGCUUCUUUACAGAGUAUGAGUUAUGAUGACCCUCAAUCAUCUUAUUCCGUUGAUGAACUGAAAGAGUUUGCCACUAAUAUAACCGAUCAGUUACCAGACAACUACCAAGAGACAACUAAUCCCCAAAUUCCUGAGUUAACCCAUUUAAUUGGCUUAAUGCCACAACCGCAAAUGGAGCCUACUAACUCUUCAUUAUUAAGUAUUCAUGAUGAAUCUACAAUAUUAAUGCAACAAACCCAACAACAUGUAACUCAAGAAUCACAAAUACAAGUUAAUGAGUAUUUAGCAUCAUCUUCUGAAAUUCUGUCAGCUCUAUUGAGAGAGUCCGAAACAGGCACAACGCCAUUACCAGGGUUUAAUCAGGUUUUCCAUCAACAACAAUAGUUCCCACAAGAACUUUUUUUCUCUAGUCAGUCAUCCACAGUUGUUCAUUCCUUUUUACCAUAAUUUUAUCGUUAUACAUUGAAAUACUUAUUUAUUAACUGAAUAAGUGAAACUUAAUAAUAAAAUAGAGCAAUAAAUCCAGAAAUAAUCGUUUCACAUUGCUUUGGUAAACCAUGAUAGAAAGUACAACCGUAACAUUAAUACUUUUUUUCCUGAAUAAAAACAUGUAUUGUUUGUUUGCUCUGCUUUUGGUGUUCCUUAUAUUCGUUUCAGUUAUAUUUGUUUAUAUUCUGUCAGUAACUUAUUAUUAAUGUUCUAGUUCAAAGUCAAAAACAUAUUUUAUCUAGUCUUCAAAUCACGCAUACUAUGUAGAGUUAUAAUCAUAAAAGUUUCAA